AUGGUCAUCGAUGACAGUCACCAGAAGACUGCCUUGGGGGUGAUUGUGGCCUUCCCUGUGUUGGGAGGCAUUGCCGUGAUUCUGCGAUACUGGAGUCGCUUCCUGUCCAAAACCUCGUUUGCGGCAGACGUCAAGGCCAACUAUGUCGGGAUUCACAUCUGGGAAGUCCCCCAGGAUCGCGAUAUCAAGUCCGGCAUGAUCUGGAGCUUUGCCAACCAGCUCGUCUACAACCCCUGCCUGACCAUGAUCAAAAUCUCCAUCCUGCUGUUCCUCCGUCGCCUCGAAUCCAGGUCCACCGUCGUCAACCUCCUCAUCUGGUCCUCCAUCGUCGUCACCGUUCUGUUGUUCGUCAUCGUCCUUUUCAUUGAUAUCUUUCAAUGCACGCCCGUCGCGUACCUCUUCGAUCCCACCAUCGAGGGGGGCUCCUGCAUCCACCAGGCCGCCUUUUACGUUUCCACCGCCGCGACCAACCUCUUCACCGACCUGCUGGUGCUCGUGAUCCCCAUCCUCAUCACCUGGUCGCUGCAGAUGCCGGUGCGACGGAAGGUCGCCGUCUGCAUCAUCCUCAGCUUUGGCGGCGUGGCCACCGCCAUCGGCGUCUGGCGCAUCAUCAGUCUGGCGCAGUUCUUCUCCGUAGCGCCCAACCCGGACCCGACCUACAACAUCAACUUCUGCAGCUCCGCCAUCGAGGUCAAUGUCGCCGUCAUGGCCGCCUGCGCCCCGUCCACCAAGGUCCUCCUCGCCAGGUACCUGCCGCGGCUCCUGGGGACGUCCAAGGGCGUCUCGGGGUCCCGCUACGGCGCCAGUGGCAGCUGGAAUCCGAGCCACCGGCUCCGAUCCGACGCCGGGUAUUCGCGGACCAAGUCCCACCGGGAGGCCGAGGAUGAUAUCGAACUGGCGGAUCCGGUCCAGGUCAAGACGCGUGUGGUGGCGGCGGAACGGGAUCUGCAGACCGUUCCGCGACGGGGAGACCGUCUGAGUUGGAGCAGUGAAGAUGGUCUGGCGGGGAUCGUGCAGACGAUCGAUGUGUCGGUGCAGUAUACCCGCGAUGGGGAGCAAAAGACGGGAAGUAUUGAUCGUCUCGUUUGA